CUGGAGCGGGUCCAGAGCAAAAUCGGCGAGUCAAUCAAUCAGGAGCCAAACCGAUUGAAUGCCAUUCUUGCCAGCGACAGAGACAGGUAUGGGUUCCGCAAAAGCAAUCAUUAUGUCAAAACCGAGGACUACAACGAAUGGUGGACGCAGUACUCCCACUACCUGGCGCGGAGGAAAAAGAAGUGGGAGAAAUUGAUGGCGAAAAACGGUUUGCUGGUUACCAAGAAGGGCAGUCCGACUAGGUUUCCCGCCCGAUCUGAGGAGCUGCGCCGCUACGUUCGCAAAGGCAUCCCGGCAGAAUGGAGGGGCGACGCCUGGUUCUAUUUCGCAAAGGGCCACGAUAAAAUGAAGGACAACAAGGGUGUUUACGACAAGUUGGUCGACGAGACCAUGAACAUGAUCAACGAAAAUACAGAGGCUAUUGAGAAAGACUUGCAUCGAACGUUCCCGGAGAACGUUCAUUUUAACGACAUCACGCGCAACGGAAGUACCGAGGAAAGCCCGUUGCUGCAGACCUUGAGACGCGUCCUCAAAUGUUUUUCCAAGUACAGGCCCUCGAUCGGUUACUGUCAGUCGCUUAAUUUCAUUGCCGGGUUAUUGCUGGUAUUUUUAGACGAAGAGCGUGCGUUUUGGAUGCUCGUCAUUGUGACCGAGAGGUAUCUCCCUGGAAUCCACGAGUUUGAUUUGGAAGGAGUUAACGUGCACCAGGGCGUGCUGAUGUUGUGUUUGAGACAGUAUCUGCCGAACGUUUGGGCUCUGAUCAACGAGAGCUCGCAUUCCAACAAUAACUCGUUCCUGUACGAUCUGCCGACGCUGUCUUUCUGUACAACCAGCUGGUUCAUGAGCAUUUUCGUCGGUGUGCUUCCGAUUGAAACCACCUUGCGGGUCUGGGAUUGCUUGUUUUACGAAGAGUCGAAAGCUAUAUUUCAGGUUAGUCUGACGAUAUUCAAACUGUUGGAGCCCCAAAUGGUCGAUCUCAGUCACAAGCGGUCCGAGGACGACGGCAUCUUGAGUGCGGAGCUUUUCCAGAUGAUCCAGAACGCCCCAAAGCGGUUAUUGGACGCCAAUGCGUUGAUGGAGGAAUGUUUCAGAUUUUCGAGCUUCAGUAAGCUUUCGCAGGAGGAGAUUCAAAAUUGCAAAAAAUAUGUCAUUGAGAGCCGCAGCAGGUACAAUGAACUGAUCAAGCGGCGCAGUGCGGUUGGCAUGGACGAGCAGGAACGCAAGGAGCUGAUGCGCACUGCUGUUCUCUUGGAGAACAAGCAGAUCGGACUCAAGAGCAUGAACUGGAAUGGCCGUCUAAACAGCCGUAUGCGGCGUAUCCAGCAGCGCAUCCGCUAGACUGGCCCAUUUGGCCGUGGCACCAGCACGUCCAGACUUAGAUACCCGCUUCUUCGAGGACUCACAAAUUCGACUGGGAUGCCGCGUUUUUUCAGAUCAGCAUUGACAUCCCGGAUGUAUAUUUCUAAUUUGUCUGCAUACGUUUUAUCCCAUCGUAAUCUCGACAGAAUGCCGAACGUGAGGGUGUCCAGUAGCAGAUAGGGGCCCCAUUUCCAGGAAUACUGGUUCUCUAGCAGCUUGUUGACGUUGGCGAUGACUUGCUCCACCUCUUCCUGCUCCAGGUACAAGGCCAAUGGCGUUCCGAGGUCUGUGCCGAACCAUUGGUCGUCAACAAGCACCUUGGGCUCAAAACGGUUGUACUGGUCGAGUUUGAAAUUUGGAUGGUCGACCGUCGCGACGCGGGCAAUUCUAAUUACUCUUAAAUUUGUAUCGUCCGAAUAAACGUUAGGAAAG